AUGCCCGUCCCGGGCCCACCCGGGCCAAGCCAUCCCAGGCCCACCCAGGCCAAGCCGUCCCAGGCACACCGGCUCACCCAGGCCAAGCCAUCCCAGGCACACCCGGGCCAAGCCGUCCCAGGCUCACCCAGGCCAAGCCAUCCCAGGCACACCCGGGCCAAGCCGUCCCAGGCUCACCCAGGCCAAGCCAUCCCAGGCACACCCGGGCCAAGCCGUCCCAGGCUCACCCAGGCCAAGCCAUCCCAGGCACACCCGGGCCAAGCCGUCCCAGGCUCACCCAGGCCAAGCCAUCCCAGGCACACCCGGGCCAAGCCGUCCCAGGCUCACCCAGGCCAAGCCAUCCCAGGCACACCCGGGCCAAGCCGUCCCAGGCUCACCCAGGCCAAGCCAUCCCAGGCACACCCGGGCCAAGCCGUCCCAGGCUCACCCAGGCCAAGCCAUCCCAGGCACACCCGGGCCAAGCCGUCCCAGGCUCACCCAGGCCAAGCCAUCCCAGGCACACCCGGGCCAAGCCGUCCCAGGCUCACCCAGGCCAAGCCAUCCCAGGCACACCCGGGCCAAGCCGUCCCAGGCUCACCCAGGCCAAGCCAUCCCAGGCACACCCGGGCCAAGCCGUCCCAGGCUCACCCAGGCCAAGCCAUCCCAGGCACACCCGGGCCAAGCCGUCCCAGGCUCACCCAGGCCAAGCCAUCCCAGGCACACCCGGGCCAAGCCAUCCCAGGCACACCCAGGCCAAGCCGUGCCGGCUGCCGGCAGAGCGAUGCCCCGGGACCCCACCCUGCCCCUGAUUCCUGUUAUGCCCUCGCUGCCUCCCCAAAACGGCACCUGGGACAGAGGAGGAGGAGUGAUGGAGCCGUGAGGACAAAGGAGCUGGCUCUGCCAGUGAAGAUGCAGCUGCACUCCUCCUCCUCCUCCUCCGUGUGUGGGAGCAGCAGCGGUGUGCGCAGCCCUUUGGGUUCCCCACCCGGAGCUGACCUCCGAUAA